CGCGGGUUUCGUUGCGGUUUUUCGACGAUUUCGUUUCGUCGUGAUGCUCGGCUGACGAACGUCUGCCCACUAGACAGAUUCCUUUUUUUCUCGCUCGGCACGCAUGCAGUCCACCACAUCGACUGAGCCUGCUGGAAUCUUGCCGGGCGACUUUCCCUUUGGCCGCAAAGACUGCCGCAAUUUUCUCCCUUACUUUCGAUGAGCUCCAGUCUGUGCCAUCGGGUGUAGUGACAGCGCCCGUCUGUCCUGUUCCGCAAGCGGUUCGGAACGAGCACGCUGUUUUUGUCACUCUGUCCAGUUGGAGGGUGGAGCGUCUUUUCGGCAUGGUCCGCAUACUCGACUGCGUCUGGUCUUUUUUCUGCUUUGUGAGGCAAAAACCGGCUCGAGCUUAUCUGGGAUUCGCUAGUCAAACGCUUCUCGUGAUGUCAGCGCCUCGAUCGCCCUCAAAAACGCUGCCAACAGCUUUUCAUGACUAACGCGGUGGCUGGUGCCGGAAUCGGGGCCUCAACGAGCAUGAGGAAUUGCAGUGUCUCGUUCGUCUGACUCAGUCCGUUUGCCAGUUCCAACUCUACUCACUUUGCCGUGUUGACCGUGUGUCUCCAUGAAUCUCGGCUUCCCGGCUUCCGCUGUUCUGCGACACAGCGGCCCUCAGGCACCGGGUCCCUGUCUUUUUUGCUGUGAACCGUUGUUCUCGCGUUUUGGGCAGUUUAAUCUGCGUCUCUUGAAUCCUUUUUUCGGUUCUGCUGUUGGGGAUAAAUGCGCGCCGGCCUCUCUAGACUACGCACAUCUUCUCGGCCGCGACGGCUUCCCGCAUGUAACUAGAAUGUUUCUGCGCCUGUGCCGUUGAACCAGAUGGCCGGGCCCUUUUCUAUCGAGUUGCUGCAGGCGCAUACUUACCCCAUUCUACGACAUUUCCAACCGACUGUGUCUCUUAGCUUUGCUUGACUCUUGGGCGCACCCGUUUCGUCUAGCUUUGUUGUCUCACGCAGCUUAUUGACCGGCUUCUGGCCGCGUCUCCUCCAGCUCCCCCGGUAUUCCUCUUCUCCGUUCCUUUCUGUGGCACUCCGCCCGUCUGGACAACUUCAUCUGUCUUUUUACAGAACCUGUCCUCUCUUCUGGAGUUAGCAGGGCCCGAACGGUUUCGAGUUCCUGCGUGUGAGUCCAGUUUGAGGUACGGACAACCAACGGCUUCACGAUUGCUUUCACCGUUCCCACUUCCAUGUCCCAGCUUACUGCAAAUGCAAUUUCUCGGCCACGCGAUGUGUACAGGCGCCUCCACAACCACAUACAUAUCGUAGUUUACGUAGACGCAUGCACCUCCCCGCACACUCGAAUCGACCUAUCGGGUACACCUCUCCAGUGACGUUCGUUCCCAGGUGUCGCUGCCGAGACUUCAGGGUAAAGCGGAGGCACCCGAGGCGGUGCAUGCGACCUCCGGCCCCUUUCGCGAGUCUGCGCUGCAGCGAUGCUUUGCCCUUCCAACGCGUUCUCGCUUGCUCAGAAACAGGGGAACGACGAUGGACUCGGCCGCUCCACGUUCGCCGCAAGAGGCGCCAGCCUCUCCUGCGUCUGAAGAGCAGCCGGAAGUGUCUCUGCAUACUUGUGGAGACCUCCCAGCUGCAGAGGAGAUUGAAACGGCGCCUGAAAGCCGCGUUGUCUGCACAUUCGGAGAAGAGGGCACUGAUGCGUUGACUCGCCAGCCCAUGGCUCGUGAUGCUCCCGUCUCUCCAGGGGAAGUAAGAGAAGCGGAAAGCCCCGCGACAUGCCACGACGGAAAACUUCACCAGACUGUCCCUGAGAGCGAACUCGAAGCUGGCAAAAGUGGAGACGCAGAACAACGCCGUCUGUCAGGGGCAUUGCCACUUCCUGGUACCAGCCAGCCUUUCUUUGGAUCCUCUACAGUCGCUGCUCAUGCACAUCAAAUAGUCGCUGUGCUCCAUUCUGCCUCUUUCUCCGCUUCUUCUUCGUCCUCCGCUUCUUCCUCGUCAUCCUCAUCUUCCACUUCCUCUUUUUGUUCCUGCGCUUCUUCCUUGUCCAGCUCUUCUUCGUCUUACUCACCUCUCUCUUCUGACCGAGGUCGCGGAGCUUGUUCAGGCUUUGCCAUGUGCGUCGAUGGUGAAAUGGGGGCGCCUGAGAUAUCGGCGGAGAGCGGGAGUGUCGGGGGAGAAGAGAGAGCAGUAGCUGAACAUGGCGAAGGCAGUGUAGAAGCGGACUGCGGCCUCAGGUUACUUUCCUUUCCUCUGGCACCUUCCUCCAGUCGCAGAGUUUCCGCGGACGAGACGCGUGGACCGAAUCUUUGGGGAAGACCACAAGAGACCAGCGGUUCUCAGGCGGCCCGGCCGUCUCAAGCGCCUCCCCGUGUCACGUCGUCUCUGUCGUCUUCACCAUCUUCUUUCUUGUCUUCUUCUUUUUCUUCUGCGUCUUCUUCCUUUUCUUCUUCUGCGUCUUCUUCCGUUUCUUCUUCUGAGUCUUCUUCCUUUUCUUCUUCUGAGUCUUCUUCCUAUUCUUCGUCUUCCGCGUCUUGUGCUUCUUCUGUGUCGGGCGAUAUUGCCCGUGGGGGUCAGGCUCCUCCUGGGUCUCCGUCUUCUCCGGCAGUGUGUCUGCCUUCCUAUCCACCGCUACCGACUUUCGCAGACGACAUGCGAGUUUUUGCGUCAGAGGCGAAGCUGGUGCAUCUGCUUCGUCUUUGUUCUCGGCACAUGGAGACCCUCGACGCGGCCUUUGUGGAGACACGCAGAGCGGGCGCAGAUGCGGCUUCUGUUCCUUCUCUGCCGUGGUGUCCUCAAGUUUCUCGUGCGUCUCUUCCCACACUGGAGGAAGCUCUGGAUACGUACGCAGGCUCUCUGGUCCGCGUCGACCGUCUCCUCGGCUCGCUGCUCGAAACUGCGUCGCCUGCGACUCUCCUCCUCGCCACUUGUGUGAUUGUCGAGCAGCUCGAAGACCCGGAACUGCUUCUCUCUCUCUUCUCAACUGUCUUCGCCACGCUUGGAGACACCGAAGCGCACCAGCGCCUCCUCCCCUGCAUCGCGCCUCUCACGGAGAUACUCCCUUCCGCCGAGCCAGACGCAGCGCUGUCCGAGUCGUCACUGUCUCCUACGCCACUCACCACCUCCCCCAGUCCCCCCAGUCCCCCCACUCCCCCGUCUUCUUCUUCUACUUCUCCGUCUUCUUCUGCUUCCUCUUCGUGUUCUGCCCCCCUUUCUUCGUCUUCUUCUUCUUCUCCUUCUGCUGCCUUAAGUUCGUCUUCGCCUUUAGUGCCCUUUGGCGCGUUGGAGACUCGGCCUUCUGCGUGCAUGGUGGACGCGGCGGUGUCGUUCUUGUCUCGCUUGUCUUCUCUGCCGCUGGCACGGUCGCGCUGCGGACAGGUCUGGGAUGGAGAGCACGUUGCGUAUCGCUGUUUGACUUGUGGCGGCAGUCAGAGCAGCUGCAUUUGCGUCUUUUGCUUCCAAGAGGGGAACCACCUGGGCCACAGCUACUUCAUCUACCGGUCGAGUUGCGGCGGCUGCUGCGACUGUGGCGACGCCUCCGCGUGGGCACCCUCCGGCUUCUGUCGGCACCACCCUGGGGGCCGGCGAGACGUGGAUCCUUCCCUCGCACUCCCGGCGGUUUCAAAGUUCGCCCUCGCGCUCCUUCUGCGCGUGCUCGUUCGCCGCCUCGCGAUGCAUGCCCUGGAGAAAAACUGGACCGCGACUGAGGAGCUCUGCACUACGCUGCUCCAACUCUCCGAACAGCACGAGGGCGUCCGCAGGUGCCUCGGCCAGGCGAUGUUGGAGGCGGUGCGCGGCACACCCGACGACAGCCGCGGCUUCGCCUGCGAGGAGAUUCCGGGGCGCGACCGCCUGCGCCUCCCACCGAACUACGCCCGCUACGACGGCUGUCAGAGCCUCCUUUUGAAUCCUGCGUUGCUCGCGCCUGCUGGGGGGGGAGCCGCCUGGGUCUCCGAAGAAGAAGAACUCGACAGGCGGGCAGCCGAAGGCGCCUCGCGGGCCGCAGAGGCCCAGGCGAAGGCCGCUGGGGGGGGCAACAGCCUCGGGGGCGCAGAGGGCGAGCAUCGCAUGCGUAUGGCGACGGAACGCGAGCUUCGGGAAAUCAACGAGAGAAAACGACACGGAGGCGUCAACGUCAAAGCCUUCGACGACGCCCUCCGCUUCGCCAUGUGGGGUGGCGCAGGCACGAAUGCAGAGACAAACGACGCACCGUUCACCGGGUCCAGAGGCCUCGCGACAGACGCGCAAGUCCGGAAGCGAGAAGACCGCAGAGACAGCGGACACGAUGAAAAAAGAAAAGGGGAGACACCGAAUGGCCAAACAGGACAUAUACAUCAUGAAAUGCCGGGCAACCAUGACACGCAGUGUUCGUCAUCUUGGCCCCACUCUUCUUCUUCUUCCUCUUCUUCCUCUUCUUCCUCUUCUUCCUCUUCUUCUUCCUCUUCUUCUUCCUCUUCCCCUCUCUCUUCGUCGUCUUCUUCUCGUCAGUACGGGGUAGGGGCGUGUGUGGCGUCUGUGCUGCUGAAGGUCGCAAGCGACAUUUCCGGUCGUUUGGUGGAGGAGGAAGGUCGCCGGAGGCCAGGGCGCGAGGAAGGCGAGUCUGAGGAGACGUUAGAGACGGAGAAGGCGGUGCAUGCGUCACUCACCACUCUCUGGUUGGCUCUUAUGUUCGACGAGUGGUUUAAGGAGCAGUUCGCCUUCGUCUUCAUCCAGCAGUACAAAGAUCUUGUCUUGAAGAGCGACAGCGCGCUAGAGCGGGUGACCGUGCAGGUCUUGUCGAUUCGCUCUCUGCUGACGCGUCUCCUUUACUCGGGACUCCUCCUGCCUCUGCUCUUCUCCUCCUGCCGACUCGUCCUCGCCCAAGCUGUACCGCGGUUGUCUCCGCGCCCGCGCGCUCGCCUCGGCUGGAGGCGUCGCAGAUGCGCCUGGCGAGGCUUCCCGUCUCCGCCUUACAUCGACGUCCGCAACAGUCUUCUCCACCGCAGGGGGUACACCAACUCCCUGAACGACGUCCGGUACCUCGUCGCCGAAAAGGACCUUCUCGUGCAAUAUCUUUCGGAGCACCCCGCGAACGUGGCGGCGCUCUGGGACGACGGCUUCCUCCCGCUCUACUGCUUGAGUCAGAACGUAAAUCUCCAUCGGCGCCGGACGACGACGCACGUGGAGUACGAGGACUCGCACCGGUGGUCGCACUCGCUCUGUCUGGCGAUUGAACUGGGGCAGAACGCGCUGGCUCUCCACGAGAUCCUGGAGGCCUGCCCAUGGCCUGUCGCCGUCUUGAUUUUCCAGAAAACUCGACAAAGAAUGCAGGCCUGGGUCGGAGCGACGCGGCGACGCGAGUGCGUCGAAGAAGGCGUCCACUGGGUCUUCGCCAGCGGCGGCGGAGUCGCCUCCCUUCUCGACCGAGAGAGAAACCGAGAGAGAAACCGAGAGAGACGGCGCCUCGGGCGACGGAGACGCUUGGAGACCGGGGCCGACGAAACGGAGGAGGCGAGACAGGCGGCGAGCGUCAGCGCGAGAAGAAGUCGCACUGCAGAGCAAGGAAGAGGUGGAGCGCAGAGUGGAGAGCAGCGAGGCGAAGGAGAGAAGCGACGAGAAGGGAACCUGGCCUGGCUGCGAAACGGAAGACCAGUGUAUCCGGAGCGCCGGAGUGCAGACCACUGUGUGAGUCGACACCCGACGUCGUUCCACGUACCCCUGAGUCGGCUCUUCGCUCAGCUGCUGAAGGCUCUGAUGACGCACCGCGAAUGCCCUGUGCAAACGCUCGAAGAGCUGCUGGAGCUUCUUGGCCUCUCUCUGGAAGACACAAUGGAGGCGCUCGAGCACCACCUACGAACGCUCGUUCUUUUCCACCAAGUGACUACCUGCAGCAUGUGGGUUCGAAACGGCGUCGCAGUCGUGAGCGAGGCUCAGUGCUACCGGCGAGCGUUUUAUCAGUCAGUUUUGAUCGAUUUGGACUUGACGGCCGUUCGGCUCGCGUGCUGCUCGACUCCGCCGCCUCUCUUUCUGCUGCAACUUCUGUCGCGUUGUGAAGUUCCCUUUGAUCUUGCUCUCUCGCCUCCGUGUUCGUCGCUCCUGUCUCGAGCGAGCCCAACGUCCUGCGCCUCCGUAGCUUCACCGCCGCGAGCUACAUCUGCUGUCGGCUCAGGGUGUUGCGGGGACGGGGGCGAGUGCAGAGUGUCUGUCUGCUCGCAUUCGGGCAGGCAACAUGCGCCGACUGGAGAGGAGACAGGGAGCGUGUAUGCGAGUGAGGCAGAGAGGGCGUCUGAUGUUUCAAUCUUAGCUGCAGUCACUGCGCAAGGACCUCCGUUAUUUCUUCCAGGACGCGACCGACCAGGUGCGAAACCCCACGGGGGCUUGUUGAGAAGGCGGGAAGCAAUGAUCGAGGAGGUGGUUUUUGGAGGACCCAGCAACGAGCACCUCCUUCCGCAAAUGCAUGCAUUCAUGGUGUUGUUGCUGCAGUUUCUCAGCCCGACCAAUACCCUCUUUUGUUCAGAAGAGGAAAUGAUAAAAUACCUGCUUGGCCACCACUUGAUGCGCGGGCCUCAGACCCACUCCAGUCUGCAAGAUGUCGUCACAAGGCCCUACAAGCAGCAGCAGCAGUUCACAGACCUCGUCGAUCGUGUGUUGAAGAAGAUUUCCACGUAUCGCGGAGCAGAGGGCAUGACUCCGGGCCAGUUCCACAUUCGCCCCGCCAGCUGGGCCUUCUACGAUCCGUACUUCCCUUACUUUUCCUGGGCGGACCACCAGCACAUAGAAGAGUCUUUUCUCGAACAAAUUAAAGCUCACCCAGAAAUCCUCAACGAAUGGCUACCCCAUUCUUCCUCUUCUUCUUCUCUCUCCUCGAUUCCGGAGGCGUAUCGCCUCGGCUUUUUUGACUUUUGCUUGAGUCCCGAGGUACGCAGCGCAGUUUGGUUGCUCACGCUCCAGGUGUUGCUUGCGCAAACGACGGACCCGCGCUUCAUUCACCUUCUGCUCUCUCUGCUGCUGCGACUGAUGAGUUUGGAGAUGCUCUGGAAGGAGCAGGAGACAGCGGAGGUCCGGGCACAAGUCCUCUCUGGCCAGCGCGCAGACGACCUGCUCCGGCGCGUCUUGCGCACAAGGCGAAGACGCCGCAAGAGAAGAGAGACGCGACAGGCCGAAAGAAAACAAGCUGAACAAGAGGGAGAACAAGAGGGAGAACAAGAAGGAGAACAAGGAGUCGGGCAAGGCGAAGGGAAAUGGCAGGUGAAAGGCACUGGGUGUGUGGAGGACGAAACAGGGACGCUGCGCAGGUCUUCUUCCUUGUCAGAUGCGUCCGACGUCGAUCCUGCAGACGAAACAGAAGACGAGGAAGAAGACAAAGAAGAAAGAGUUGUGAUUGAACUUCGGGAGAACGUGGACAUCCUCGGAGUGGCGCGCUGGAUGGGCACAAACCUGGGAGACUCGCUGCUUCGUACCUUUCAGCUUCACCACGUAUUUGGCGACGUUUCUGGGCGAGAAGAGGCCCGCUGGUUUGCCCGUCGACUCGAAAGGAGACAGAAGAGACAGUCGCGACGUGGUCAGGCGGGCGAGGCCGGCGAGGCCGGCGAGAGAGGAGACACCACAGAAGCCGGCAAAGACCCUGGCGAACCGCGAGACCAGCCUUCGGAGAGCGGUGCGGCAGUGUCUGUGUGCUCGGAGGACUCUUCUCGCAGCGACGACAGUGAAGAGGAAGAAGCCUUGCUUGAGGAGGAGAAGAUCUCCGGGCGAGGCGGCGGUCGACGAAGAGACCGCAGGGAGACAGAAGGUCAGUCGUCGCUGAGCGGGGACAGCCUCCAAACCCAUCGCGGGUCCUCAGACGAAGAACAUAGGGUGACCUUCGACUCCGACGACGACAUGCGGGGCCGCACAGAUCGCGACGGUCACUUCUGGAUUGAGAGACACUUGGGUGGAGACGCAAGAAACGAUGGAGGCGAGGCGGUCGUCGCAUUUGCAGACGGAGGUCGGGAGCGGAGACGUUCCGGGGAGACCGCAGAGAGAGAGCGAGACUCGCGCGCAAGAGGCGCUGGUCUCUGGGGCGCACAUCGGGGCGUCUUCUUCAGUCCUGACGAGGAAGAAAGUAGCGAGAACAGUGACGAGGACAGCGCGGACGAUGACGUGAUGAGUUACAUCGCCUGGGGUGACAGCGCAUCGGGGCGCCGAGAGGCGCUGGGGCGAGAGGAAGGCGAGGAAGACGUGGAGAUGGAAGAUCGCGAGGAGGAGCCCGAGGCCAGAGUCGAUGGAUUCGGCUCACCGCAAAGACGCAGACAGGAGUUCCCUUCCCCGAGCGGAAGAGAGCUGGAACGCGCGUCUCUUUCUUCGUCCUCUGGAGGCGAAAAAGAGCCCUCCGACCCCACUCCUGCUCCUCCCUGUGUCUCCCCACGAUCCGGCGAGGUGGCACCGGCUUCGCCCCUCUCCUGGGCCCCUUCGGAGACUCUUGCGCGCCCCACAGAAGCCGGAGACACAGCUGCGGAGACCCCUCGCCCAGGCUCGGCCUCCGCUGCGGGAACAAGGCCUGUGGGGUGCGGCGACAUGUCGGAGACGCCGGCGGGGGCGAGAGAAGCGCGCGACAGACUGAAAGCCUGGAGGCGUAGGCGCCGACGCCUCGGUUCCACGUGGAAAGUCGACGAGAGCGGGGUGACUGGCCUUCUCGAUUUGUUAGGUCAGGAUGUCUUUGUGUUCGGAGCCGAUGGGUCUGUGGAGACAGGCGGGAGAGGCGACGCAGACCUGAUUGUCUCCGAAGACGGAGAUAUUCUUUAUGACCGGGACGACGAAUCGGCCCCAAGAGAUGCGUUUGAAGAUCCUCUUCUCCUCACGCUGCGCCGACUGAGAAACGAAGAGAGUUAUCACUACAGGAACACAACUCUCUCGGCAGCACCUUGCGUUUCUUCCUCGGUGCCUCCUCCUUCAAGACCUCCAGUCUUUGCGCCCUCGCCUCUCGGGUCGCUCUGUCUCCUUCCAGGGGCCGCCGGCGAGGUCGCGCGCCGCCUCGUCGAGAACAUGGAGACGGCGAACUGGCGAAAACCGGGGGAUGGCGCGAGUGGCGCCGCGCCCGUACCCGGUGUCUCUUCGUCCGUGGACUCUACCGGAGACGGCGGCAACACUGGAGAGAGAGAGCAAGGGGAAAGAGAACAACAACGAGAACAGAACGAGGGAGAAAGAGAGAGAGAGGGAGAGACAGAGCAGACGAUGGAAGGCGAGGACAACGCGGAGGCGUCUGCAGGGGAAGGCGAGGCCCAGCCGGCAGAGUUUCUGAUCCUCGUUGCCCCCGGUGACGCGGAUUCAUCAUCGUGGGUGGAGGCAUCCGCGACAACUGUAGAGUCAGCAAUGGAGGCCGGCGAAGUCGGGCUUGCAGCUGAGAGUAACUCUCCCGGUCUGAAUGCUGUUGAAUCGUUCACCGAGUUGUUUCGCCUGCCACUCCCGGACGCGAACGCGCCUCGUUCUGCUUCGUCGCAGUCUGGAACUGUCGAUGGUCUCGGCGUCUUCAGCGACUCUCUUCGUCAUCAACUUGUGGAUAUUCUUCAUGCUGCAGGGGCAACUGAUCUCCAACCAGCCAUUACUCCUUCUUCUUCGACUCCUUCAUCGUCUCCUUCUUCCUCUUCUUCGUCUCCUUCUUCCUCUUCUUCGUCUCCCUCAUCGUCUCCUUCAUCGUCUCCUUCUUCCUCUUCUUCGUCUCUUUCUUCCGCUUCAUCUUCCUCCUCUCUCUCCUCUUCUUCUUCGUCUGCUUCGUCUUCUUCAGGGCGCCAGGCUGGCCCUGAAGCCGCGAGUGAGGCUCGGACAGAGGCGCUGGAGGCGACCAGCUGGCAGGUCUUGCUUCUUCGGGCCGUCGUGCGCGGAGCCGAGAGCACAGAGCGAAAUCUGGCGGGUCUCCAAGUGGUGGCGCGGCACCUGCUGCGCGGCGCAGGAGCGGGGAGAGCCGGAGCGAGCGCGCGGGCGUUGCAGGCUUCCGGCAACGCUGUCUCCAUCGUCUUUGGGCGUCGGUCCCGGGCCGGGGACCUGCGGGGACGCGGCCUUGCCGCUCAGGGCGAGACCCGUGGGCCGGACAAGGGGGAAGUCUGCGCAGCGCUUCUGCGGCUCCUGCAGUGCCGGAGACGCGCGCCAGCGGAGUUCCCCUUCCGCCUGCGAUUCUCUAUGCUGAAGAUUCUGUUCGCGAUGAGACAGUCAACGCGAUUUGAGGCCCACUGGCAGCAACUGGACUGGGUUCUGCAGUCCGCCGCCCGCCUCGACCCCAGAGUUGGGCUCCAAAUGCGACGCUGGAAACGCGCCGCGGGUGCCGCAGCGGCUGCGACUGAGGCUCCAAGCCCCAAGGUGGGCCCCGUCGGCUCGGCGGCCUUCGGACUCGGAGACACCUGCGCCCGUCCUAGUGACGGCCUGCCAUCAUCGGCUGGCGACCGAGCAGGCGAGGUCCGAGGCGAGCUGCUGGCGCGCGCGCGGGAAGGCGAGGCGGCGAGUGAGGCCCUGGGGGCGGAAGAAGGCCUCCAGGGGUACGGGGCUGUGGCCCCAAAGCAGACGGGCGGAUCCACAAGCGCCAACGCGGGUGCGGCGAGGGGAGGCGACGAGCGCAGGCGAACAGAAGACGGCGAGGACGCGAAGCGCGGAGAGGAGUGGAAAGAAGCAGUGCGUCGUCGGCAGGAACAGGUCUUGGCGGCGUUUCGGCAGAAGCAGGCGACGUUCCAGUCAGGGAAUCAGCGCGAUUUCGACGAGGCGAAGUUUCUCGCGGACUCCGACGUCCCGCGUUGUGUCUCUUGUCGCCUCGAAGAAGAGACACUGCUCACCUUUCUGUCUUCUGCUUCUUCUUUCCCGGAGGACUACGAGCGCAUCUUCGGCGCCGCCUCGAGAUGCUGCUCACCUUUCAAUUCUCCGGGCGCGGAUCCUCUCGGUCUGCUCUGCCACGUGCAGCUGACCUCCGUAGGCUCUGCGCCCCGACCCUCGGUGCCGCCCUGUCUCCUCCAGCCGCCGUGGGCGCUUCUAGGCUCCUCAGGCGCGGGGGGCGCCGGCGCGGCCUCUUCGCGGGAGGGGCCUGGCGGCGCGACGGGGGCUACCGGCGUCGCGCUCGCGGGGUCGCUGGGCCGAGGCCCGGGCCGUCCUCGACGCGGCAGCGGCGGCGGGGGGACUUUGGGCUCAACGACGGCGGAGUUUCCCAGCCAGACCGGCCGCGAGGACCCGGGAGCCGACGAGCAAAGACGCUGCUCGGUCUUGGCAGUCGGACCGAGACACGAAGGCGGCUCCGGUGCGACCCAGAAGGGUGUGUUCGACGCCGCUGCGGCGCCGAUGAUCCUCGAGGACGUUGUCUCGCCGGCGUCCUACAGCUACGACCUCGUCCCGAACCUCCUCUCGCCACAGGGCGCCUUUCAGGGCUUCCAGAUCCGCAGCUGCGGCCACCGCAUGCACUUGAGUUGCUACCGCCGGUAUCAGAGAUCUCAGCAACACCACCUGUAUCUCUCCGAACUUCUUCUCCCUUGUCCCUACUGCCACCAACCUUGCAAUCUUCUUCUCGUCGACGCGCCGCCGCCCGCGGUCGCUCGCCUGCAGCUGCAGAAACUCCUCACGGCCCAUGUCCUCAAAAAGGCCCGGGCCAAACGCGCGGUCCCCCAGAGAAGCCUCGGCGUCUCCCCGAGCGGACCCGGAGACAAUACAGACGCUGAAGACAGUGGGGACGGGAGAGGCGUUGUGUGCCGAGAAGGCCGGGGGCAGGGAGACAGUCGGGAGGCUGCAGCACCCUGGCACUCGCCGUCGUCGAAGCCUGCGGGGAAGGGCCCCGUCUCAUCGGCGUCGCGCGCCGUCGCUGGUGGGCCUGCGCCGUUUUCGACUGGGCGCGAAGGAGGCGAAGGCGAGGAGGGAGAUGUGGAAGGUUUCAGCGACAGCGAAGAACGGGAGGCGCUUCGCCCGAGCCCACUGUCCUGGAAACGCACCCUGGAGCGCUUCGUCCAGCGGUGCGAGAAGCUCCGGACAGACCGCCAGAGGCUCGUGUCACUUGUUCAUCCUUCCUCGCGAACUCUGGGCCAGCCGUCCACGCCCGGGGCACCCCUGAGGCUCCAGUCUGCUCUUCUCCACACGGCGGCAGCCAGCGAGCUGUUGCAUUUAUGUCGAGCAUCUCUGCGGAUUUCGCCUCUUCACCUGCCCGCGCCGGUUCUCUGGUCCCCGUCCUGCACGAGUCUCCGGACUUCCCCGGGGACAGUCAGGCCCGCCGGGGCGACCUUUGCGGCGGGGCGCUUCGGCUUCUUCUCCUUCUCGAGCUCCUUCGCGCCCGACGCGAGCGGCGGAGACUCCGGCAUGGCGCGCCUCUCGCAGGCACUCGUCGGCGCCGACGCCGAGGGGAACGUCUCCGUCGCGGGUCCGCCGCGAGGGCCUCUCCCGCUCGCGGUCCCCGCAUGGGGCGGGCUCCCGACUGGGCUCCAAGGGGUCGCCGCGCCCGCGCCCAGCGUGGGCCCUGCGGAGACCGGCUCCGCGCGAGAGUCCCUCGCGGUCGACCAUGGCGCCGCAGAAAGGAGCGGAGAUGAAGCUGAAGCGUGUCUCGGAAUCGAGUCUCGUUUUCCAGGUGGUUCUUCAGUUCUGGGUCUCCACGCGAGUGAGGCGCCUCAGCAAAGCCUUGCAGCGGUCGGUGAUGAAGCCCCAGGGCGCGCGCGAACCGCGGCUGCUGAGGCCGGGAGGCGCGACGCCCUGCCUCGCGACCCGGGUGCGUCUGGCCCGGAGACACUGCACUCUCGCCAGCCCCCGUGUCAGACGUCUGCGGUCGCGGCGGUGCCUCAAGAGGCGUCGCUGAGACGCCUCUCGGAAGCCGGACAACCAGCGCCAGGAAUCACAGCACUAACAUCAGUAGCCCCGCCGGGAGAAAGGGAAGACAGGCCCGGCGUGGCGGACGCAGAGCACAUGGGGGGGCCUUCUGAACAACAGGCUGGCGAACGCGAGAGAAACGAAGGCGGCUGUCUCCUAUGGAGUCCGGCGGACGUCGGGAGGUUGUUCGGGCAGGCUGCGAGUGUGGCGGAGUCGCCGCGCUUCGUCGGCACAUGGCCGCGGAACGACUUUGUCGUCCACCCCCUCGCGGUCCUGUCCAAGCUGAUCAGCGACUCUGUGGAGCAAUCGGAGAUGACUCUGCGGAGUCAAUUCAACAGUGGGGGCCAGACGCUGUCGUCUGGCCAGGCGCAGGUGCUCCAUGGCUGCUAUGCGGUGUAUCUCCACCUUGCGGACGAGCUCCAGCAUGUAGCGAUAGGGGAGACAGGCGUCACGGCGUUCGACCUCUACCUCCACGACCUUGAGCUCUUGGCCCUCUUCCACUGCCCUCUCUUCCCCUCGCCUCUCGCGGAGCCCCUUUCGCCCGCGGCCACUGCACCGGUCCCCAGUUAUGUGCCUGACACUUCCAGAACGGUUGAAAGACCGAGUCUAUUCGUACACACAGAGUCGACCCCACCCCAAGAAAGUCCUUCGCUUUCCUCUUCUUCCUUCUCUUCGAGCACCUCUUUUGCUGCGUCUCCUGUCUCAGCUACGAGGCCGCGACCGGCGAAGUUGAAGUGGACUUUUGGCGGGCUACUUCCCUCGGACGCCUGUUCAUAUGUGGACCUGGUUUUUUCGGUGUCUCUGCUGCACCCGAGCACGCGCUUUCACCUGCUGUCUCGCCUGUUCCUCGCUUUCCACGCCCUCGCCCUGCGAGCCAAGGCCGACGAGAAGGCGGACGCGGCUGGGCGCCACUUGCGCGCGGCGAUCGACGCUGCCGAGCAAGGCGCCCGCGCCGCCGAGUGUCUCCUUCUCGGGUCAGGCCCCGCCUCGGAGACAGAUCCGGAGAGAGACACCGUGGCUUCCGCGAGUCGGAGAGGAGACAUGCAGACGCAGGGCGAGGACCCACCGGCCGACGCGAGACGGGCGUGGGUGUCUCCGGCGCGUCUCCCCGCCGGUGGAGCCCAAGACGAGGGCCCCGGCUGCGAGGGGCGACAGCGAGCAGACGAGCUGGCAGUGGGCGACGAGCGAAGAGGCGGCCGUGAGGGAGAAGGGUGGCUGUCUCUGCACACAGCGCUUCGACAGAUUGAAGAGGAAAUUGCAGCUGAGCUGGGAAGAGACACCCUCGAACAGUCCGGCGGUGUGGAUCGGACAGAGGCGCGAGGCAGGCGAGAAGAUGGAGAGACAAGUGAUGUGUGUUCUGCAGGGGCAGGCUUCCAACAGGGCCUUCCCAGGGAGAGAGGAGGUGACGAGGCAGGGCAGGAGACAAUGGCAGAUCUGUCUGGGAGUCUCUCAUCAAGAGAACUGUCAUCUUUCUUUUCGGAGUCAAGACCGGAAACACGGACGCACUCCUCUCCGAUGUCCGUGGACUUCCCCGGGGGUUCUCCUUCGAAUGCAGAGAAGACGGGGAAAGGACCACAGAGGCCGAGUCACCAGCGCGCGUUCCUCGACGUUCUCGAGCUGUACGUACAGCUCUUCUUUCUGUCGGAAGUCGUGGCGAUACUCUGGCAGUGGUGGGACCGCGUUCCCUUUGCUCAUUCGUCGAGCUCUCUCGACCGUCCAGAGGCAGCUGCGGGAGACUCCACAGACGGAGACGGCACAGCCUGGCAAGAAAUCUGGCGCGUCCUCCACGAACGGGCAAAGCAACAGAGAGAAGCGCGUCUGUCAGCGGACAAGUCUUCUUUCUGUCCUCCGUCUUCUUCUUCCGCUGCCUCCUCUUCCUCCUCUUCCUCUUCUUCUGCAGUGUCUCAGUCGCUGUCUCAUGCGUCUCCGCCGGGCGCGCUGUCUCCAGCUGUCUCUCCUCCUCGCGGGCGCAAGACGUUGCGUGUACCUGCGAGCGCAGACACCCCAGUGCGGAGUGGAGAGCUCGAGCCGGUCGCGGAUUCGGAGGGCCGUGGGGCUCCGGCAGUCUCCACCGGGUUCGCGGGGAUCCCUGCUGGACCGGAGACAGCGCGCAGGCGAGAGGGUCACCAGGGGGCAGAGAAGAGCAGCAAGCGGAGGAGCACGAGUCGAAAGGCUGAGGAAGACGAAGCGGAGAAAGGAACCGGCGAGCUGGGCAGACGAAGGCGGAAGCGAAACUGCGAAGAAGAGGGAACAGGCGGUCCGGGCGCGGUGGACGAGGAAGGCGAGCGAAGAAGAAACGAAGGGACCGUUUCGCUGACGAGUGUCUCGACGCACGAAGAGGCAACGGCGGCGACAGGGGCACAGAGAGGUCGUCGGGAGGAGGAGGAGAAGCCAGGCAGUGAGGCAGGCGGCGAGUCCGUCAACGCGACCCCGGCGUCUCUUCUCUUGGGGAGAGAGGCUUCUGAACGUGUGACUCCCGGCGCGGAACCGGGGCCUCUGCCUCUUGAAGAAACUGGGUGGCCUCACAGAAAGGAGGAGAAACGCGAGAAGAUCGGAGAAACGGUCGUGGAGACACGGACGAACACUCGACAAAGCAAAGCCUGCAGAGACGCUCUCGACUCGCAAAUCUUCUUCACGCGUUGGUCGCAGGAGGUCGAGACGGAGCGCCUUGAGUGGGAAGGCGACUCGGCAGUACUGGAAGAAACGCGACAGGCGGAUGGACUCUCCUCGAGCGUGUGGCUAGAAGACCUUCGCUUGCUGGGGCGGCGUCUUCCCUUCCCGCCUCGCAAAGAGCAGCUGGGCGCAUCGGCUUGGCGCGUACGUUUUGAUGAGGGGCACGCAGACGCAGAAGAGAGCGUAGACAGCGAAGAAGAAGCUGGAAACGCGCCCUGCUGCGACGCGGAUCCUUCGCGCUGCCUCGGGGGCUUUCGAGCUGACGAAAGGUCCGCAAAAGACGAGGAGCGUCUCCUCACCAAGGACUACCUUCUGGGUGUCUACGCAGCUCGGACGGAGCGGGCGGCGGAGCUGCGGGGUCGCGCGCCGGCGGGAAGGCGGACCAUACCGCUGUCGCGGGUCUCUCUGGGAGGUUUGCGGCCCUCCUCUCUGGACUGCGUAACUCCUCCCUUUGGCUUUCUCGAAGGCACUUGCUCAGGUUCCGUGGCUGGCGAGUCUGGAGAGCGACGAGUUGACCUCGAGGACGAGUUCCAUGACCAGCCGACAGGGCAGAGAAGUUUCGACGCAGACGUGGAAGGCAAAGAGAAGAGAGCUGGACACAUCGGCCUUGGAGAAGAAGAAAGAAAGAACGUGAUUUGCCGACUUGUCGAGGCCGGCCUCGUUCCUUGGCUCCGAAAGGUCCAUCUGCUUGCCAAGGUCGUCUGUCCUUCUCAGCCGCUGCCCUUCGACAAGGUCAAGACGGCGUACGAACUACUCGGACCUGCAAGUGCAAGCGACGCGCCAGUUCUUCGGACGCCUUCAGUCUCUUCGUUUUUCUCUUCUUCACAUGUCUCUUCCGUUUCUCUCUCGGAGCUCCUCCCUUCUUCUGUCGACCUAUACGACCCCUCAGAGGAGUGCGAGAUGCUUCUUGAGUCACUGCCGCUGCCCAAGUCGAUUCGCCUGUUCCUCUUUGGAGAGGACGACGACAUGUGGGGAACGGGGGAGCGAGAAGACUCCGCGCGACAGCGAGAAGACGAAGGGCGGUGCGACCCCGUGAUUUCAGCGGCUCUCAAGCUUCCCUCGCCCACAGCAUGGCCAAGCGCAGUAUCCGAGGCGCAUGCCUUGCGCAUUCUCCUACGCGAGUCUCAGUUCCUCUGCUGCCUCGGGUCGCUGCCGCCUUGUUCCACCUCGAUGACGCCGCUGAUGCCGAUUGUUGUCUCCUCGCGCUGCGGUCACGAAACGCUGGUCAGAGUCUUCCAGACAGCCAUGUGUCUCGCCCUGUCGGAGAAGAGCGGCGACAGCGUUCCAGUGCCGUCGACUUCUCGGGCACAGGCAACUGCCUCUCCGCCCUCGCCGUUCUUCUCGCGACUUCUGGCCGUCGGCGCCAGGGGCCUGGGGGCCUCCGCCGGAGCUCUGUGUGGGUCGGGGCGUCGCGUGCGUCGCGAACGAGAGAACGAGGAAAGACAGGAAAGCGUCGACUUCCUCAACCGCCACAUGCUCUACUUCAGUCCCCUCGCGCGACGCCUUCUCCCCGGCGACCUUGACAACUUGCUGGCGUCGAGCAACAUGAAGUGCACACUGCUCUUCUCCACCGUCAUGGGAGACGCGGACGACGGAGACGAAGAAACGACAUUCACUGUUGUCUGCGUCGCGCAGUUCCUCCCGCAUGCAACCAUCCUCCCGAAGCUGUACCAACAGUUCUACAACCACUUCCUCCAACUAGGAGCGUACACGCCCUCUGUUGGCCUCCACGCCACGCCUGCAUGCGCGGUCUGCGUGACUUGCGGGGCCUUCCUCUGCGCCCUCGACUGCUGCGACGCCAGAGUCCCCCUCCAAGAUGGCACGCAACCUCCGAAUCUUGUCCUCAAUCUCCGCCGACACGCUACCACGUGUGGCAUGGGCCUUGCGCUGUAUCUCCACCUCUCUGCAUCGGCUGUCUACGCAGCUGCUGUUGACACGGCGGUCGAUCGAGACGCCAAGUGGGGAUGUCUCCAUCUUGAUGCAUAUGGCGAAGAGGAUCCUCUCUUGAAACGAGGAAAGCCUCUUCACUUGUCGCUGAAUCGUCUGGGGCGCCUGACUGAGGACUGGCGGCAGCAUCAGAUUCGCCUCCUCAGAAGACUGCAGUGGUCCCGAAUGGACUCCAGCGCGAAUAAUCACGCUGCUCAAGGCAUGUAGUUACCGUGUCUUUCCUACCUUUACCGCUGGCGCAGUGUGUAUUCCUUCUCAUUGUAAGAGUCCGCGAGCCGUUCGUUUCCCAUUUGCCUGUUCACUUUCCCUCUUGACAAGCUCGCAGCUGAGCGUCUCGGAGAAAAGCGAAAUAGUGCGAACGGCCACCAAACGAAAGCGUCUUUUCGACGGGGCGCCGAGUCAGACGAGGAAAGUUCGCUUUUUGCACUUUUAUCAGAGGGAUUCGUGGAGUGUUGUCAGGACGGUUAAAUGGUCGACAGGGUGACAGCUCGUAAAGACCUGAAACGCGCGUUCCGUUCGUAUAUAUUUUCAACACGAGGCGAUCGAAGUGUAUAUACAUGCCGCAAGGGUGAAACGUCUAGGUGUUUCUGGAUUUCUGUCGAACGGCCACUCCUGUCCGUGUCAACCUCUCGCUUGGUAGAUGCGUAGAGGACUGAAAAGUAGGCGGCGCCUGUGGUCGUGGCCCUGGUGUAAGGCAGAAGCUGUCAAGGUUACCUAUGUGUCAGCCGAGUCAUUUCAGGGGGAACAAACGCGCUAGAAUCACGGUGAUCUGCCAGAGCCAAAAGGCAGACGACACUCAACGUGCAGCUACGAUCUAACGGAAGACGGUGGUGGUACGUACAUACCGGGUCCCAGCAGUCCGUAACGCUGCAGGUAACAAUUGGGGAAGUACUGAGGAUGUUCACCAUUUUCUGCGGACGAACACGCCACACUUCUUUUGGGUAGAAUCAUGGGCAAAGCAC